AUGUAUUUUAUUCAGUUACGUUAUGGAGAAACAAUCUAUCCAUUUUAUAUCGAUGAUGAUUGGUUACAUAUAUUUACAUUCUUUAUUCAACAAGUUAUUUCAGCGAAUUUCCUUCUUGGAACAGAUGUAGCAUUGAGUUCACUUGAUCAAAUUGAGAAUUUACCUGAUGACAAUGAAAUCAAAAUAAAAUGGAAUCAGGUAACAGAGAAUUUUGAAUGGAAUAAAGUUGAUGAAGAUGGAAACAUUAUUGAACAAAACGAUGGUGAACUUCAUUAUGGAACAUUUUGUGGUGACAAUCAAGAUAAUCAAGAACAAUAUGUACCACAAGCACAACCAGAAAUUAACUUAACCCCAGAUGACUAUGGCAACCUUGUUGAUGAUUAUGGAAACAUAAUUGUUCCAGUCGAAGAAAGACAAUUUACAGAUGACAAUGGAAAUGUAGUUGAUUAUCGUGGUAAUCUUAUUGCACCAGCAUACGACGAGGACCAAGUUGAUGAAUCUGGAAAUCCUAUUUACUAA